ACGCUGCCAUUCUCCUCCUUCCAGACCAUCUUGUAUCCUGCAAUGUACCUUCGUAUCCCCAACCUCCUCUCCCGGUGGAGGUGGAAAGGGAAGAUCAAUCCCUUGCACGAAGACGUUUCCGCCGAAGGCAACGCCUGGUUCCGCUCGUUCGCUCCACUCACCCCCAAAUCACAGCAUGCUUUUGACCUCUGCACAUUUGGACUAUUUGCUGGACUACUGCUGCCAGAUGCAGGAAGAGAACAUCUCCGCACAUGUCUUGACAUUGUCAAUGUCUUCUUCAUCAUCGACGAAUACACCGACGUUCAAUCGACUCACGUAGUUCGAGAUAUGAUGACAUCUUGCACUGACGCCAUACGGAACCCUCACAUACCCCGUCCGGAGGGGGAAACCGUCCUUGGGGAGAUCGUUCGACAGUUUUGGGAACGUGCUUCGAGGCUCUCCACCCCCGAGGGGUCGCUUCGCUUUGUCGACUGUUUCACGCAGUACUGCGAAUCUGUCAUUCAAGUGGCGGAAUGGCGGAAUGAUGGUUCCGCAGCCUUGACGAUUGACGAGUACGUUACCAUACGAAUCAGGGACGCCGGAGUUCUUCCAACACAGGCGAUCUGCGGGCUGCACCUUUCCAUUCCCCAGCACGUCUUCCUAGACUCUGUCGUCAGCGAUAUCAUGCGUAUAAGUUGUGAGCUCACCAUCAUUGACAACGAUAUCACGUCAUACAACCGAGAACAGGCGGACGGCAUUGGUGCCUUCAACAUUGUCACUGUCAUCAUGCGAAGCCUCGGCCUUAGCCUUGACGGUGCCAUUGACUGGCUGGAGCAGCGGAACGAGGUGCUCGUGGACACGUUCUAUGCGCAGCUUGAGGCCGUUCCGUCAUUCGGUCCGCAGGUGGAUGCACAACUCCGAGAGUAUCUCGACUAUGUUGGGAAUACGCGACGGGCCGUAUGGGAUUGGUCAUUCGUUAGCGGACGUUACUUCGGUGAUAGAGGGUUGGACUAUGCGAAGACAGGACUAGUGCCCCUCAUACCAGCCAAGACACGGAAUAACACCGAGACGGUCGUUGAGGUGCUCAUCAUGGAGGAAGAGCUAGCGAAGUGGGACGGGGCCGGUUUGGGCAAGGCUGCCUGAUUCUACAGCGGGCACAUAUCAAU